GUGCCUGCAUGUGAAGCGUGUACCCGUAACAAAUCGCCUUUCUUUCUGCCCCCAAUUCCUCUCUCCCCCUUCUUUAUUGCCUUUACUUUAGUAAUUUCCGUUCCCCGUAAUUUCGCUGCCCUCCUCCCUUUUCCCUUCCCCCUCUGGAUUGGAAUAGCUCUGCCUAGCCCAGCAUUAGAACUAGCAGUAGUACUGAGCUGAGUGAGGAGGAGUGAGCUGAGGGAGUGGCGUCGUCUGGUGCUUUGAGCGAGAGAGGAGGAAGAAGGGGUGUCCUCGGCGAUCUCAUCCAUUAGACCCUCGAGCUGAGACUGAAGCUCGCGGCGAGGCAGCUGCGGUAACGGCGCCACCCGGAAGACCAGGAGGGCUGGAUCUGGGCGGAAUGGAGGCCAAGGACGUCGCGCCGCUCGCCGCCGCCACCGCCGCUGCCCCCACCGCGCCGGUGCCGGCCCCGGCCCCUGCGCCUGCCCCGGUUUCGCAGGCUAAGCCGCAGCCGCAACCGCAGCCUCAGCCACCGCCGAUCGCCUCCAUGCCGCCGCCGCCGCAUCCGUUCGCGCACCAUCAGCAGCAGCACCACCACCACCAGCAGCAACAGCAGCAGCAACAGCAACCGCCGGCUGGGUCGGCGAACCCUGCCGCGCCCAUGCCCGGAGGCGGCAUGAGGCUCUCGUUCGACCAGAUGGUGGGGAAGCCGCCCGGGGAGCACCACCCUCACCAGCACCAGCACCAGCACCCGCAUCAGCAUCAGCAUCAGCAUCAGCAUCAGCACCAGCACCAGCACCCGCACCAGCAUCACGCUCCGGGCCCCAUGCUCUACGCCGCGCCGCCGCCCCACGCGGUGGCGCCACCGCCGGGCAGCAAUGCGCUCGGCAUGGGCGACCUCAUGCGCAAGAAGCGUGGACGCCCGCGCAAGUACGCGCCCGACGGGAGCAUGGCCCUCGCUCUCGCGCCCCUCUCCUCCGCCUCCGGCGGUGCCGCGCCGCCCCCGCCUCCAGGCCAGCAGCACGGCUUCUCCAUCAGCAGCCCGCCGUCUGAUCCCAACGCCAAGCGCCGCGGCCGCCCCCCUGGCUCCGGCAAGAAGAAGCAGUUCGAAGCACUCGGGUCCUGGGGCAUCUCCUUCACUCCGCACAUCCUCUCCGUCAAGGCCGGCGAGGAUGUUGCUUCAAAAAUAAUGUCCUUCUCACAGCAAGGACCUCGCACAGUUUGCAUUCUUUCAGCAAAUGGCGCAAUAAGCAAUGUAACACUUCGGCAGCCAGCUACAUCUGGUGGACUGGUGACUUACGAGGGUCGAUUUGAGAUCAUCUCCCUAUCUGGUUCAUUCCUGCUUGCAGAAGAUGGCGAUACUCGUAGCAGGACUGGUGGAUUGAGCGUUGCACUUGCAGGAUCUGAUGGCCGGGUUCUCGGUGGAUGUGUAGCUGGGCAGCUAACGGCUGCGACACCUGUUCAGGUUGUCGUGGCUAGUUUCAUAGCCGAAGGUAAAAAAUCAAAGCCUGCUGAGCCACGGAAGGUUGAACCGAUGUCCGCACCUCCACAGAUGGCCACCUAUGUGCCAGCUCCAGUGGCUAGCCCUCCCUCGGAGGGUACAUCCAGCGCAUCAUCCGAUGACUCUGGCAGCCCCAUCAACCACGGUGGGAUGCCCUACAACCACUCUGGUGGGCAGCAGCACCAGCAGCAGCACAUGCCCCCUGCGUACGCAUCCGGCGGCUGGUCGCUCUCGGCGCACCAUCAGAACAACAACAGGCACGAUGCAGACAUGAAGAUGAUGUCGAACUAACACCGUGUGCUCGGCCUUUGAGGAGAGCCCCAUUUGUUGGCUGGGCUGGAGAGGAGCUGGUACUGCUGUAACGUCUGCCGUCGACCAGCAAUGGCCGACCUGGUAGCUAGGAGAUUUAGGUUCUUGCUCUCUGGCAUGCUGUUUUUCCCUAAGUAAGAUUAAUUUUAGCCGCCGUCUGUAAUGCUGUAGCUCUCGCUGUCGCUAACGUGAGUUUUUAUCUUCAUGGUCAUGUACCUGCUGAGAUUUUCACCUCCUAGGCUAGGCGUUCUUCUGUGGAUCAUGAAUUCUAGAAUGCUUUCGGUUUCAAUUCAAGAACUCUAGCUUGUUUACCUGCA